AUGCCCCCCAAGAAAAAGAACGACGCCCGUGGAGGUGGUCCCAAGCCCGGGACGAAGCAGGCAAAAGCGGCCGCGGAGAAAUCGGCCGAUGCGAAGAAGGCGCCACCUCCCCCGGAAGAGCAGAAGAAACCAUCUGUCAAGGAGUUGAUCGGUGGUGCAUCAUGGACGGGAAAGCUACCGUUGAAUAUGCUGUCAGAGCAUUGCCAGAAACAAAAGUGGGAAAAGCCCGAGUAUACAAUGAUAAAAACCUCGGAUGGCUUCGUAUCGACGGUUAUUCUAAAAAAGGUCGACCCGAAAACAAAGGAAAUGAUUACCAUUCCUCCCAUAAAACUACCUGCGUCUCAUAAACACCUGUCUCCUCAACCAUCUGCGGUGGAGGCCCGCCAUUUCGCUGCCGCCCUCGCUCUUUUCCGGGUCUGCAAUAUGCAGAAUCUCCACAUGAUGAUGCCUCCUGCUUAUAGGAAACUUUGGAAGGAGGAUUUCACUGAAGUCAAAACUGAGGAUGUCAAGGGAGGGAAAGGUUGGAUGUACGAAGCAGAUCCAUUCUUGGCCAAGCAAGAAAGAGAAAGCGCUGCGGCAGACCUGGAAAAGAAAAGAAAGGAGCGGGAAAAGACGCAGGCGAAACAAAAAGACAAUAAUAACGUGGACCUGGGCUUGGGUUCCAAUGGUGAGAAUAAAAGCAGAAGGAUAUGGUCACAAGCUCCGAAAGUUGAUAUGGGAGGCAAAGUUCGGCGUGAUAUUGAAGGUCUUCUGCGGCAACACACCGUUUGGAACCCUUAUAGCGUGCAAAUCCCCGGCGGUCAACGAAAAUCCAUCGUGGAGGAAUUUACACAGCUGGGCUUCCGACGCAGCCAUGUUGAAGAGGCAACUGCGGCUUGUAAAGACCGAGAAGAGGUUCUUGAGUGGCUUCUGAUUUAUGUCCCCGAGGAUGAUCUCCCCAGUUGGUGCUUUCCAGAAACAUACUCUGCUGGUGUAAGCCUUGCUAGUGAUAACCUAGCAAGGGAGGCGAAAAUCAAACGACUCUCAUCCGUUGGUUAUCCCGCCGAUCUUUGUUCACAAACCCUUGACAGCAAAGGCGGCGAUGAACACGCAACAGCGGAGUUCUUACAGAGUACACUUGUGCACGGGGAGAACUCUCCUGUAGUUGGCGAAUCUACUGGAGAUGAGGAUUCUUGGGCAGAAGAACAGGAGACCUUGGAGGCUAUCUUCGGGGAGCGCUACGUUCGAUCUUCACCCAAAACCUGUGAAAUUACAAGUGAAGCAUCCAACUUACCAGAGUCGACAUCGUUUCGAUUCCAAAGACCUUCCGGGCAUUAUCCUUCGUCACCCCCAGUCAUUUCAAUCCUGGCAAAGGGUAUCCCGGCAUAUAUACGGCUUAGUGCAAUUCGCCAGGUAAUACGGCACAGUGAAGAGAAUUUCCUGGGGGAGCCAAUGAUCUUCAAUAUACUCGACUGGCUCGAAACACAUCUACCAGGCGUUAUGGAAAAUCCAGGUAAAUUGCGAGAUAUUUCCACAGUGACGGCACCCUCGUCUACUGCUGGUGUAACCUCCGAACUACCAGUCCGCCUGCCACGUAAGCAACGAAAAGGAAUCGAUUGGCAGCCAGGCUCGCCCCAAAGUAUCUCGAUUAAAGAGGCCUGGGAAGCAAGGCAACCGACUCCGGCGCAGCAGAACAUGGCCCGCAAGCGAGAAUCUCUUCCUGCUUGGAAUACACAAGAUGCUAUUAUACGCUGUGUGAGCAACCACCAAGUUACAAUCAUCUCAGGUGAAACAGGUAGUGGUAAGAGUACUCAGUCGGUACAGUUCGUGCUGGAUGAUAUGAUCAAGCGUGGCCUCGGAGGAGUCGCCAAUAUUAUCUGUACGCAGCCUCGGCGAAUUUCUGCCCUUGGUCUCGCAGAUCGAGUGAGCGACGAGCGAUGCACGUCUGUGGGUGACGAAGUCGGAUACAUCAUCCGAGGAGACUCAAAGACGAAAUCUGGCUUGACGAAGAUCACAUUUGUCACAACCGGAGUUCUGCUUCGUCGCAUGCAAUCUGGAAGCAGCCCUGAUGGCAAUGUCGCAAGUUCUCUCGCAGACAUCACUCAUGUCGUUGUGGAUGAAGUUCACGAACGUAGUCUUGAUACCGACUUCCUCCUAGCCCUCCUGAGAGACGUUUGCCGUUAUCGCAAGGACAUUAAAGUCAUUUUGAUGAGUGCAACUCUCGAUGCAGACAUAUUCAUUAAUUAUUUUGGUGGACGUCAAAGUGUCGGAUUGGUCAACAUCCCCGGUCGAACAUUCCCUGUGGAAGAUUUCUACCUAGACGAUGUCAUUCGGGAUACCGGGUUCUCACCAGAGCUGACUGAACGGGGCUUCGAUGAUGAUGACUUCGACUUCUCUGGGCAGGCCGAAGAAUCGUUAGGCAAGAUUCUUCGUAGUAUUGGCAUGGGAAUUAAUUAUGAGUUAAUUGCCUCUGCCGUGCGAUAUAUCGAUGCUCGAUUGCAAGACAAGCCCGGAGGCAUCCUAAUCUUUUUGCCUGGUACUCUCGAAAUUGAGAGGUGUCUGACUGCUGUAAAGAAGAUCCCAAAUAUGCACCCACUGCCAUUGCAUGCAUCUCUCCUCCCAUCUGAACAACGACGUGUCUUCUUGAGCCCUCCUAAGGGGAUGCGGAAGGUCAUCGCUGCUACAAACGUUGCAGAAACCUCAAUUACUAUCGAGGAUGUCGUGGCGGUAAUCGAUACUGGCCGUGUCAAGGAGACCAGCUAUGACCCCAAGGAUAACAUGGUCAGACUUCAAGAAGUGUGGGCAUCUCAAGCUGCGUGCAAACAGCGACGAGGACGAGCGGGUCGUGUAAGGGCUGGUUCCUGCUAUAAGCUCUACACCCGUAAAGCAGAAAUGAAUAUGGCUCAGCGUCCGGACCCGGAAAUUCGACGGGUUCCCCUGGAGCAAUUGUGUUUGUCAGUCAAAGCAAUGAAGGGUAUAGAUGACGUUUCUACGUUCCUGGCAAAUACUAUCACUCCACCUGAGAGUAUGGCCGUUGAGGGGGCCUUGAGCUUCCUGCAUCGCGUGGGAGCUCUGGAUCAUGACAAAUUGACCGCACUGGGACGAUACCUGACCAUGAUCCCUGCUGACUUGCGAUGCGCAAAGCUUAUGGUUUAUGGAUCCAUCUUUGGCUGCAUAGACACCUGCAUCACAAUAUCUUCCAUCCUCACUGUGAAGAGCCCAUUUGUUUCACCUCGCGACAAACGUGAAGAGGCGGAUGCUUCCAAAGCGCAGUUCUCCAAGGGUGAUGGAGAUUUGCUCACUGACCUCUCAGCUUACCAACAGUGGUCCGAACGAGUGAAAGCAAAUGGCUAUUGGCAGACUCAGUCGUGGUGCGGUGCCAAUUUCCUUUCCCACCAAACCCUGCGCGACAUCUCAUCCAACCGAGCUCAGUUCUUGACCUCGUUGAAAGAUGCAGGCAUACUUCCCGUUGACUACUUGGACCCGGAGAGUACCAAUGCCAAUGGCGCAUCAUCAUCGCCUUGGAACCGCAAUUCUGGAAACAGGAACCUCCUCCGUGCCCUGAUCGCAGGCGCAUUCCAGCCCCAAGUCGCUCAAAUCUCAUUUCCUGAUAAAAAGUUCGCAAGCUCUGUCACGGGAACCGUCGAGAUCGACCCAGACGCCCGAACAAUCAAAUACUUCAACCAGGAGAAUGGUCGCGUGUUCAUCCACCCUAGCUCCAUCCUUUUCUCUGCGCAGGGCUAUCCAGGCUCCGCAGCGUAUCUGAGCUACUUUACUAAAAUGGCCACGAGCAAAGUCUUUAUCCGUGACCUGACCCCAUUCAACGCCUACUCCCUCCUCCUCUUCUGUGGCUCCAUCACCCUAGACACAAUGGGCCGCGGCCUCAUCGUCGACGGCUGGCUUCGCCUCCGUGGCUGGGCCCGAAUCGGUGUCCUCGUCUCCCGACUGCGCAUGAUGUUGGACGAGAUUCUGUCGUCCAGAAUCGAUAACCCUGCUUUGGCUUUCAAGGCGGAAGGAACCGGCUCUGAUACGGGGAAUAAAGUGAUCGAUGUGGUGAAACGAUUGAUUGAAUAUAAUGGUUUGGAUCAGUGA